AUGUCUGAAGUAAUGUUUAAGCGAAUAUUACUAGUGGUCUUACUAGUAUUGGGCAUAAGCUUACCCUCGACCCACGCACAAUGUUCUACGAACUUUGUCAGCGGAACGGACUAUUUCCCUUCAAAAGUCUCGUUUGGUGACGACUCUGACUUCCAAGUGUCAUAUCAUAAUUCAUUCAAGGUUGUCACAAAUGCACUUACAAACGAGACAUACGUAUUGCAUUGUACUACUACUAGUCCGAGUGGUGUCGGAGUUCCUGCUAAUGUAAAGGCAUAUAUACAAGUGCCUGUUAAUAACACUGCCGUUACCGAUAUUGGUGCUAUUGGAUUUUUGAAGGCAAUAGGCGUAGAGAAAACCGUCCUUUAUGCCACGAAUCCAGAGAAUGUUACAUCUGCGUGUUUACAACAGACAAUAAGUAAUGCUUCCUUCACCGGGACUGAUGCCCAACUUGGGCAAGUCGGUGUCGUUUUUACGAACACGCCUGCAAAUACACCAAAAUACGUGACCCUUUCUUUAAAUGAUGAUAUGUCUCCGUUGAAGAAAGCAGAUCGUGUGAAACUUGUCUCACUUUUCUUCGACUUGGAGGAUGCGGCCAACACUUAUUAUAAUAGCACCCAAGCUACCUAUGCUUGCCAUGCUCAGAACGCCAAAAUUUCUUUACAAAAUAAGAAAAAGAAAUCUAUUGCUUGGGUUGGGUAUGAUGGGAGUGCAUAUAACAUAAUUGCUAAUGCCUAUUAUACGAAUCUUACUCAAAAUGCAGGUGCCAUUCCCUUUACUACCAAGACGACGACGUAUACCAAUCUUAACGAAUUCCAAACGGCCGUUUUUGAUGUCGACUUCCUAAUUGACCUUACUUACUUUGAUCCAAACCAGUUGAGUUGGAGUAAUUGGCUGAAACUGUUCGGAUACUUCCAAACUGGUGACGACGAUGUUCCCGAUUUCAUAAACGAGAAAAGAGUCUAUCGUAUCGGAGGCUUGGUGAACCCAAGUGGACACGAGGAUUGGUUUGAAAAUGCUGAUGCAAUGCCGGAUGUAGCGAUAAAGGAUUUGAUUUCGAUACAGUAUCCAUUAUAUGUAAAAGGUUAUAGACCGAACUGGUUACUGCAAUUUGGUGCCUCUGAGCCGCCGACAAUUGUCAAAGCAACUGAUUGUGUCAGCGGACAGAACACUCUUGGGACUUGUGUUACUGGUGGAUUGCUUGCAUUAGCUUCGAUUAGCGUUGGUGCAUUUAUUUUGAGGAAGAAGUAUAAGGAGAAAUUCUUUGAGCUCAAAGAGGAACCAACUGUGCAAUUGACAGAAGUUAAUGGAGAGAUUAGAUUGACGCAAAUUAAGCAGUGA